GGCUCGGCCUGGAGGGGGGCGCUGCUCCGGCGAAUGGGCGGGGCUAAGGUUGGUGGGCAGAGCCCAGGCCGGGCGGUCCUCCGGGCGCCAGGCGCCGCUGCAGAGCCGACCCGGGGCCCUUGCGGUCCGCGCCGCGAGGGGCGGGGCGGUGCGUGUUUACAUCUGGCCGGGCCUGAGUCGCUGCCUGAGGUUGCUUCGCUUGGGUCCGAGCCUCCCUCACCAUGGACACCAGCGACCUGUUUGCCAGCUGCAGGAAGGGGGACGUGGGCCGUGUUCGGUACCUGCUGGAGCAGCGAGAUGUGGAGGUGAACGUGCGAGAUAAGUGGGACAGCACCCCCUUGUACUAUGCCUGUCUCUGUGGGCAUGAGGAGCUGGUGCGUUACCUGCUGGCUAAUGGAGCCCGCUGUGAGGCCAACACAUUUGAUGGAGAACGGUGCCUCUAUGGAGCCCUGAGUGACCCCAUCCGCAGGGCCCUGAGGGACUACAAGCAAGUCACUGCCUCUUGCAGGAGGCGGGAUUACUAUGACGACUUCCUUCAGCGGCUUCUGGAACAGGGCAUCCACAGUGAUGUGGUCUUCGUGGUCCAUGGAAAGCCGUUCCGGGCGCAUCGCUGUGUCCUGGGUGCUCGCAGUGCCUACUUCGCCAACCUGCUGGACACCAAGUGGAAGGGAAAGAGCGUUGUGGUUCUCAGGCACCCCCUGAUCAACCCCGUGGCUUUUGGGGCCCUGCUGCAGUACCUGUACACAGGCCGCCUAGACAUUGGUGUGGAGCAUGUAAGUGACUGUGAGCGCCUGGCCAAGCAAUGCCAGCUGUGGGACCUGCUGAGUGACCUGGAGGCCAAAUGUGAGAAGGUGUCUGAAUUUGUGGCUUCCAAGCCUGGCACUUGUGUGAAGGUGCUGACCAUCGAGUCCCCUCCGGCUGACCCCCGGCUGCGGGACGAUAUGGCGCUGCUGGCUGAUUGUGCCCUGCCACCUGAGCUUCGGGGUGACUUAGGAGAACUGCCCUUCCCAUGUCCCGAUAGCUUCAAUAGCUGUCCUGAUGUCUGCUUCCGAGUCGCUGGCUGCAACUUCCUCUGCCACAAGGCCUUCUUCUGUGGUCGCAGUGACUACUUCCGGGCUCUGCUGGAUGACCACUUUAGAGAGAGCGAGGAGCCUGCAGCCUCUGGGGACCCACCAGCUAUCACCCUGCAUGGCAUCUCCCCAGACAUCUUUACCCAUGUGCUGUACUAUGUGUACAGUGACCACACCGAGCUGCCUCCUGAGAUGGCCUACGAUGUGCUGAGUGUGGCUGACAUGUACCUGUUGCCCGGCCUGAAGAGGCUGUGCGGCCGCAGCCUGGCUCAGCUGCUAGAGGAGGAUAGCGUGGUGGGCGUUUGGCGAGUGGCCAAGCUGUUCCGCCUGGCCCGGCUGGAGGACCAGUGCACCGAGUACAUGGCCAAGCUGGUGGAGCGAGAGGACUUUGUGGAGGCAGUGCGGGAGGAAGCAGCAGCUGUGGCUGCCCGGCAGGAGACAGACUCCAUCCCACUGGUAGACGACAUCCGCUUCCAUGUGGCCAGCACAGUCCAGACCUACAGUGCAAUUGAAGAGGCACAGCAGCGGCUGCAGGCUCUUGAGGACCUGCUAGUGUCCAUUGGCUUGGACUGCUGAGCCUUUGCCACCAUCUGGAAGCCUGAAACCAGGGCUUACAAGGCAACAAGUGUGUGCAGUGUGCAUAUGCAGCAUCUAUUGCCCUUGCACACUCAGCGCCAUUACAGUGGCAGAGGGAGUUCUGGGCUCCUCAGGCCCUUGGAGGAUGUCUGUGGAAUAAGCCUCCUCCCCCAGUGUGUAAGGCAGCCCCAAGACCUGGGGCCCACCACUCAGGGAAAGCUGGGGUGUGGUGGGCUUUGAGCUCAGUCCUCCUCCCUCCCCCAGCGCCCUACCUGCUCCCUCCUGGCCCUGGCUCAGCCCUGGCUUGCUUUGGCUACUUCCAUGUACAGGGCUGGACAAGAAGUUGGGGGAGUCUGUGUGUGGCAAUAAAGCUUGAAUUCACUGUG